AUGCGAAUCAAAAAACAUCUCAAUAUCUUAACUGACAUCCCACGAGAAAUUCGAGACGAAAUAUACGAGUAUGCCUUUCAAACUCCGUUCAAUUGUGUCACUUACCGUUGUACCUUAAGCAAUACUUAUAAAAUAUUACCUUAUGAUCCUCAAAACGACAUCUGUCUUUCCAAUUCUUCACUUCCCGCUCUCGGUCUUUUGAGUACUUGUUCUCAAUUAUACAACGAAGCUAUCAUCUCCCUCUGGAAAGUCAAUAGCCUUGGACUCUGGCCCGCGGAUUUACUUUUUCGCAUGGGAGAUUUGGGUGACGAUACUUUUAUACAUGUUCAGUCACUACAAAUAAAUCUCGAUUUGACUGAUUCCGAUGAUUUGAAAUGGGCUGAAAUGUUAUUUUUGAGAAUUGGAGGGAACUCUGGUCUUCGUAAUGAAAGAAACGAAGAAGAAAGUUGGAGUGGUUUAAAGAAAGUUCAAAUCAACCCCAUGAGAACCGAGGAAAUUAAAAUGGAUGUCAAAUGGAUGCAAAGGGUCUCAGAAGCUAUGGACUUGCGGUGGAAAAGUGAGGAACUUCUCACUGGUAUGAACCCAGAUGCGAAUAAAAGUUGGGGGUUAUAUUCUCGGUGGAUGGAGCUUCUUCGUAGGGCGGGAACAUCGGGUAAUGAUAUAUACUUAGGAGAUGGGGUGAAAAGGUCUGUCAGUGUAAAUACGGCUUGGGAUGACUGGGUGUAUUGGGACCAAAAAGAGUGGCUGAAGAAAUCACCUCAUGGGGCUGGUGUGAAGGGAAUGGAAGAAGUGAUGAAGGAUUUCAGUAAGACUUUUGGAGGAGAAUUAUGGGCAAAUGGGAAAUUGUGUUAUAAGGAAAAGGAGAGGCUCAAGAGGGUGUUUGAAUUGAAACCGGUCGAACUUCUUGGAAUUUAUCCAACGGUCAGCGAAUGA